AGUUUUGUCAAAAAAGUCAGGACAGCUGGGACAAGGCUUAAAAAAGAGACUGUCCCAGCCAAACUGGGAUGUGUGGCCACCCUAUCCCGUUGAUUCUUACUCAUGUCUUACCUUGAUGUGUGUGGAGUUUGGGGUGUUGCAGCCCCAGGUUAAGGCCAGAGCCAGCAGGAAUUCACAACCACUGUUGGUAUUUGCUGAGCACUGGAGUUAAUCUUUGAAGCCCCAGAGUUCAGCAAGGUCAUCUGAAUACUUUAAUACUGGACUGUGACCCACCUUGGAAAAGAAACAAAGAGGCCCCCAAACAACAAUAGAGCUCUCGAAACUACAGGCUGAGACACGUCCUCCCUGCCCGAGGCACAACAGCCAGAGCUGACAGGCCAUUCCAUUCCUCAAGUCUGUGCUUUGUUUCCCCGCACAAGCUCAUGCCACCCCUAGUGAAAGCUCAGGCUUAUCCUAUCAGCGGCUUGUUUGCUUGUGCAUAGUCCUGUGUGUAGAGAAGUGGGGGCUACAGUACAUAUCCCAGCCAAGGGCAAGGAGCCCCACAGGCACUGAAGUGCAUGUACCCCUUUCGUGUGCGCCCCCUACUCUCAGCUCGCUUCCAAAGCCAGAGCACUUUCCAUGGGGCCACCGCCAUGGAGUGCAUAGAGGAAGAGGGAUGGGCCCUGUCCUAGUGAAGAGGACAACUCAGCCACGGGACUAUUCCAGAGUGGCAGCGUCCCUCAGCUAUCCCUGUGAAGGCGUCUUCAAGUGUCCAGAGGAUCAGCUGCCCCUCGACUAUGCCAAGAUCUACCCGGACCCAGAGCUGGAGGCACAGGUGCUGACCCUCACCAUCCGCUGCAUCCACAGUGAAGAGGGCUGCCGCUGGAGCGGGCACAUCAAGCACCUGCAGCCCCAUCUCAGCACAUGCGGCUUCAACGUGAUCCCGUGUCCCAACCGCUGCAGCAUCAAGCUGAGCCGGCGCGACCUGCCUGACCACCUGCAGCACGACUGCCCCAAGCGCCGCGUCAAGUGUGAGUUCUGCGCCAGCGACUUCACCGGCGAGGCCUACGAGAAUCACCAGGGCGUCUGCCCCCAGGAGAGCGUGUACUGUGAGAACAAGUGUGGGGCCCGCAUGAUGCGUCGGCUGCUGUCUCAGCACACACUGACCGACUGCCCCAAGCGCACCCAGCCCUGCCCCUACUGCACCAAGCAGUUUGUCUUUGACACCAUCCAGAAUCACCAGUACCAGUGUCCCCGCUACCCCGUGUCUUGUCCCAACCAGUGUGGGACACCUAGCAUCGCCAGAGAAGACCUGUCUGGGCACCUGAAGGAGAACUGCAGCACUGCCAUGGUGCUGUGCCCUUUCAAAGACGCUGGCUGCAAACAUCGGUGCCCCAAGCUGGCCAUGAGCCGGCACCUGGACGAGAGCACCAAGGUGCAUCUGGGCAUGGUGUGCUCGCUGGUGAGCCGGCAGCGGCAGGAGAUCCAGGAGCUGCGGCAGGAUGUGGAGGAGCUGUCGGUCAGCAGCGACGGGGUCCUGAUCUGGAAGAUUGCAGACUACGCCCGCAAGCUGCAGGACUCCAAAGUGCGCAGCAACUAUGAGUUCUUCAGCCCGCCCUUCUACACCCACCGGUACGGCUACAAGCUGCAGGUGUCGGUGUUCCUCAAUGGGAACGGCAGCGGGGAAGGCAGCCACCUGUCCGUCUACAUCCGGGUGCUGCCGGGCCAGUACGACAACCUCCUGGAGUGGCCCUUCUCCUACCGCGUCACCUUCUCCCUGCUGGACCAGAGCGACCCCUCGCUGUCCAAGCCCCAGCACAUCACCGAGGCCUUCAACCCCGACCCCAACUGGAAGAAUUUCCAGAAGCCGGGGGCCUCCCGUAGCUCCCUGGAUGAGAGCACCCUGGGCUUCGGGUACCCCAAGUUCAUCUCGCACGAGGACAUCAAGAAGCGCAACUACGUGCGGGACAACACAGUCUUCAUCAAGGCCUCGGUGGAGAUCCCGCCGCGAAUCCUGGCCUGAGCCUGUGGCUGGGUGUGGCAUGGAGACGUUACCCAGGGGCCGUGUGGCUCAGCCCGGCCAUCACUGCAGUCUGCAGCAGCCUGAGGGCACCGUGUGCUUGGGCCUG